AGAAACUCUGACCACAAAGCUAAAUUAAAGAGCAGAAGAGUCCAACAAUAGUAGAACAUAGCCACACCAUCAUCAAUUAGCUACCAAUAAGCAAAAGUUCUGAUUUUAUGAAAAAAAAGAAAAAAGAAAAAGCUGAAGAGAGGGUUGAAGAGGGAAGCGAUUGGGUAGGGCAACAGUGGAGUUGCAGAGAGUGCUGGGUGCAGUGCAGGCGCACAAACACAAAAGAGUGUUGAGGAGAGAGAGAGAGAGAGAGAGAAGGGAGUCUUUGCGAGAAAGAGAGAAUCUGACACACACUAUAAAGGACAAGUGCUGUGCUGUGGACCAGCGUUUUAACACUUUACUUCCCUAAACCCACCAAAACAAAAUCACUUCCUUUUAAUUCAGCUCUUUGAUUCUUUGAUUAUCUUUAACCCCUUCUUCUCUUUAUUUAAUUUCUCAUAAACUUACUUCUUCAGACAGUUUAACCUGGACAUUUGAGAAUUCAAGGAGAUUCGAGGAAAACAAACCGACGUCAGAUUCAACACGCAUUUCUCGGUUGCAGAGGCCUAGAGUGCAGGUGAAAGAUUGUACCAAAGCACGCAGAGAGUGGGGAGAGCAAUAAUUAGGGAACUGGACCAGUGUGCAGGCUAUGGAAGAGUUCUAACAUGAACUUGUCGGUUCUUCUGCCAUCUUUAUUACUCACCACUGGUUAUUCUGAAUACCAAUACCAAUAACAAUCCACUUUUCCUUUGAUAGAUGGAUUUUAUGUGGUUGGAUGGGUGGUAUGAAACACAUUUCUCUCUCACAUCUUUCUCCUCUUUGAUCAUCUUUACUUCUCUUUCUUGUUUUUCCCUUAGUCUAAUUAGGUUCUAGAUUUUCCUUAAUCAAUGCUUGAAUCGUGCUCUAACUUGAGGAUAUUAUUUUUAAUGCUGCAAUUACUAUCUUCUUUAUUCGAAUCUACCGUGUUUACUUCAUCAAGGUGAGUCUUUUAUUUGUUUAGCUAGCUCAAGCUGAGAGGCAUUUGGGGCCCAUAUCUAAGUUUCAUCUCCUGUUUCAGUUUCAAAGAUGUUUCUUUUCUUCUUUACUUUUAUUUUUUGGGUUUGUCUGAAUUAAAACACUUAUAAUCAAUCUAAUCUACUUGUCCAUCAACUGCUCAAUCUUUUGCUUACGUAUUGCUAAUAGGGUUGUAUUAGUGAAAAUGGGUUGGUGGGUUUAGCACCAGGAACGUCAAAAGCAGAAAUAAAAAAGCAGAAGGAAAAAACUUUGAUCUUUGAUUAGAUUGAUAAUUUCUUUGAUUAAGUGGUUUCUCAGGUUAGCUGCUGUGGGUUAGGGUUGAAAAAUUUAGGAAUACAUCAUCAACGGUUACAAAAUGAUGAUUCCGUUGGUGAUGAUGACGGUCUAAGAAGAUCCAUUUAUUAUUUAACAAAGUGAGGCGGCUGAGCUGAAAUCAAGAACUAGAUCAUCAACCCAGAUUUAAUGGAACUGAGAGACCAAGAUAGGGAUAUAGGGAUGCCAAGUUCUUUGGUUUAUAACAGGGCUUCUUCGUCAAAAGUCUCAUCAACACCAGUAAAUUCAGCUGUAGGAGAAACCAGAAGAGAUCAUCAAACCUCAACUCAUGCUCAUGGUGAUGUUAUCUUCAAUUCACCUCAAGCCCUAGAUCAGCAUCCUCUUCUUUUUACUCAAUUGAAUCCACAACAAAACAUUCAUAAGCAGCCCAGAAGAGAUCUAGACAUCGACUCAGAUCCAGUUCCUACCGUUGGUGGACAAGAAGCUGGCAGAUCAAACGUCACAACACCCAGACAAACACAACCACUACAAGCACCACCAGCGGCGGAAGCUACGGCCAUCGUGCCUUCGGUUAGAUACCGAGAAUGCCAGAAGAAUCACGCUGCAAAUAUCGGAGGUCACGUGAUGGAUGGUUGUGGAGAAUUCAUGCCAGGCGGUGAAGAAGGAACCCCGGAAGCCUUAAAAUGUGCUGCUUGUGAAUGUCAUCGAAAUUUUCAUCGAAGAGAAGUUGAUGGGGAACCACAAUCGUAUGCACCCAAUUCUUAUUACACCUACAAUAACCCCACUAUAAACAACACAACUCCACGGAACACCAUGCUUCGUCAUCACCAUCAUCAUCAACAACCACUACAAUAUCAGCCUCAUCAUAGAUUUCCUUACAAUAAUCCUGCAACGACUGUGUAUGCACCAAUGAUGAUGAACUUUGGUGGUGGUAGCGGCGGGGGCGGGGGAAGCAGUGGUGGGGGCCCAGCAGAGUCUUCAAGUGAAGAUCUCAAUCUGUAUCAAUCAAACACUGUUGGACAAGCAUCAGUUGUGCCACGGUCAUCGAGGAAGAGAUUUAGAACGAAGUUCACUCAAGAACAGAAGUAUAAGAUGAUGGAGUUUGCAGAGAAGUUGGGAUGGAAGAUGGUGAAACAAGAUGAUGAAGAAGUGCAGCAGUUUUGUACUCAAUUGGGAGUAAAGAGACAGGUUUUCAAGGUUUGGAUGCAUAAUAAUAAACAAGCUUCUAAGAAGAAGCAAAUUGAAGAAUAAUUACAUUCUUCUUCUAGUUUGUUAAUUAUAUUAUUAGCAGUCUUGCAGGAGAUAAGAGUUAGUAGAUAAUUAAAUUAUUAUGUGAGUAACCUAAUAGAGAGGAAAUCUACUUGAUUAUCGAUUUUCCUCAUUUUAUGGGUAAUUUAUUUAUGUUUUUAAAUUCCAUCCAUUACUUGUAAUCGUCUUCUUCAGAUAUACAGUUUUAACUCUUUUUGGCUCAAGGGCAAAAUUUAGUUUUAAGCAUUGUACUGAUGAUGAAGACGCUUCAUAUGUGUC